CCAAUGGAUAAGGAUUUAUCCACCGGAUAGCGCUGGCUUCGUGCAAUCCGUGGCCAGAUCUAGACUAAAACGGGCGCCGCCUUAUCAUAUUGAUUACUUGUGACUGAAACGAUUACACGUGAUACUGUCACGUUCUCGAGAUGAUGCUAACAGAUUAAAGAUACUUUGGAUCUAGCGAAUUCAUUCCUUUGAAACCACGAAACAAUAGAAACGGGACCUUGGAACGUGAAUCGAGAAUCAAACGAGGAAGCAAGUUAAGAGUUUAAAUUACGAUUUAAGACAGCACCAAUGGAGGAAUUUUUCUUAAUCUGGGAAAGCAGCUGUCGGAACUUCAUCGACGAGUUGGAAUUUUCUUGUCAAGAGGCUAAAGAAACGAGGCUGAAAAUCCAUGUGUUCUUACGCAGCGAUACACCAGAAAAAGCUAUGCCUCCUGAAAGAGAUUGGAUCGAAACGCAUUUUACAUUGACAACUUGUCCAUACGCUUCAGACGCCGCCAUUACAUUCUACCUACUGGAAAGAUACGCUACCGAGAAAAAAGAAAAAGAAAAAUGGCUUGAAGAGCUGGAUGUUGGAUCAUCCUUGAUUCUUGUUGCUGACAAGGAUCGGAAAUUUGAGGAAGUGUGUGCCAUCUUGAAAGUCAAAAAUCCUCGACUUCAAGUGAGUGAGGUGAAUGGUAAAGAGAAAUCGAUUCUUGAAGUACUAGAGAAUGUUUGUCGCAGAUGUAAGUUGGUAUUUUUGACCGAAUCAGAGAUGGAAGACCAUUUCUAUCAACUUCAUAAUUUCUUUUGCUACAAUCCUGAAUGCACAGAGGGAAGGUUUUAUACCGAGAGCGAACUUCAAAAACAUCUGGAAAAUCAAACACACUGCCCCCUCUGCAAGGAAGAAUAUGUGUUCUGUAAUGACGAAAAGCGAAGCGCUCACAUGAAAAAUAUUCACAAAAAAGACGAGAUGGUAUCAUCAAGAACAACUCCUACAUCUGAAGCCAUUGUCUGUCAGUUUUGCACACAUAAGAAAUUCUCAUCUUCUCAGCAAAAAGAGAUCCAUAUGAAAAAUUGCCAUAAGAAAUGCAACUGUUCUUGUGGGAAGUAUUUCAAUACUCGUGAAGACUAUUUGGAUCAUUUUUAUUCAGUCUAUCCCUUGGCGUGCUUCGAGAAUCGCAAAUGUCCUCAACGAUUCCAAAGUGUCUUGUAUCAAGCAAGACACCACCGAGAGGAUCAUUUCUCUACCCAACCAUUUUAUUGCAUUCCUUGUCAAGAAAUGUUGGUAAAUGAAGGUGGAUAUAAGACUAAGAUUUGCUUCAAAGAUGAGAAGAGUCUACGUAUACACGGCAUGUCCAUUGGUCACAACGAAGAUGAGAUGUUUUUGUCAGACUUUAGAGAGAGUUUGAAAGUGGACCAGCCUCUUGUUCAACGAAGAGCGCCGUCUAGAACAUGUUCUGCUAUUAACUACUGCUAAUAUUCCAUGACAUGUCUAUUGGCCAAAGGGAUAAAGCGUUCUGGAAGAACUUGAAAGAGUGGACCUUGGCCUCUUGUUCCAGAAAGAGCUCCGUCUAUUUUAAUAAUUAAAACUAAUGCUAACAUUCCUCGACGUGCCUAUUUGCCACAUCCAAGAGUCGUUUUUCACAAACUUUGAAAAUCGAGGGUUUUUUUCUUCUUCUUGUUAUUACUUUUAAGUGAACUGGCUAACUACUAGGUUAACGCCCAGCAGCCUGGAACAAUAAAACGCUUUUUUAUCUUGUACGUAUUUUAUCCGCAUUUCAAGGCAGCAAUAAACGAGGGACGGCUUGUGGUUUGAAAUUAA